AUGUCGACCCCACAAAACACCUCCAAGCUGAACCCCCUCAGCAAGCCCUUCGUCCCCUCGCCAACACCCCCGACCACCCCCACCACCACCGUCGUUGAGCCCCGUGCCAAUUUCCAGAGCAAUAAGGAUACCAAAAAAACUGUCCUCCCCCGUCUGCUUAGUGACCGCGAGUACCGCGAGUUGCUGGAGCAGGAGGAGGCUGGAGUGGAAGAGCGGAGGAUCAGGGAUGCUAGUGCGGUUACUGCAAAGUACGCAGCUACGGUGGAGAGAUGGGCCGCGUUUGACGACGAGGAGGAUUUCAUGCCGCAGGGGUUGCCGGAGAAAUAG